GAUUUCCGGUGCUCUGCAGCGAGCAGGGGGGGGUGUGAAGAAGGCGUCGAAUGGCGUGCACAGCCAAAAGAGCCAGCAAUACUGACACGAGCCCGUCAGCCCCAGCCGGCACAAUUGGCAGGCGAAACAAAAGCCAUCCCAUCCCACGAUCCGACUGCUCUUUUCCCGUUCCCGCCGACGCCUCUGUCGCUCUGCGUCUGCGACAAGAAGAAGGGCUCUGUGCCCUCUGUGCCCAGACCAUCGUCGGCAAGGGCAACCUCCGCGCUCCCCUUCGAAACCCUAUCACCACCCUUACAUUCACCUUCACAAUCACCUCCGCAAUCCUCGCCCCGCCCGCAACAACGGCGUCUCCUGCGGCCUACGACUCGCCCUCGUCGACAUCGCGUCCGUCUGCGCCCGCGCCGACACUGACCGCCCGCUGGAGCUUGACAAACCGCAUUUUCAACCUCAAUUUUCGCUCGCUAUACAACGGUCCCCCACGCCAACCUGCAUCGCGUCUGUGGAAUCCUGUCAACUCGUCCCCACGGACCCUCGCUCUGCCCAACGUCCCUGUGCAACACCCUUCGAUCGGCGAGGGCGUGCCCAGAUCAACCGACGGCCGUGACGAGUACCCUCUUCUGACCCUGCCUGAGCAGCGUCGCAGCCGUCAGAGCCCUGCGCCGUCCUCUCUUGUCGUUGAACGUUCCACCGGUGGAGACAGUGGUCGCACGAGCAUCGGCCUUCCGCGUGAUCGCAGGAGCCUGCCAAUUGAGUCGCAGCCGCCGACGCCUAAACUGCCAAUGCCUAUGGAGCAGGUGCCUGCGCCGCCCGCAGGCGGCGGAGACCAAGCGUCCAUACCGGCGCCUCGCACCGAUGACCUUGAGGCAGGCCUGAAGCCUUCAAAGCAGACAGCCAGUCGUGCCUCGUUGCCGCUAUCUCGUCCGGUCUCAAUGCACUCGCAACGCCUCGGAACUGCCUCGGCUCACGGCGACAGAGAAGCAGACGCAGACGACACCAUAUCGGAAUAUCCAUGGGGACCCUCGCAUCCUUGCUUCCCGCACCCGAAUCCGCAUGUUCCACUUGAGUCCCCUCUGUACGACACGACGCGUAUCAUCCGCAUUAAGCGCGACUGGAUGCUAAAAGGUGACCUGGCCCCGACUUUCGCCAACCUGUACCCGGAAAUCCUGGAUCCUCUAGUCUCAGAAGAUGCGUUCCGCGACAUUAUUAAGAGAGUCAAUGAUGAUCUAAUCAGGGCGUUCAAUCCAAUGAGCUUUCGGGCCUGGUUAGAUACCGUCAUGGGCGUGGCAACCUUCUGGCUGUGGGACGAUGCAGGUCUCACAGCGGUGAAACGGCACCUAGCUGAUCUAGAGAAGUGGCUGGAAGAUUGGAACAAGAAGGUUGGCGAGAAUGAAGGUGUUAGGAUUAUCCCAUUGAGGCGCACAGGGUACCUAACACUCGACAUCCAGAUCCCAGAUCCGCACAUUGGCGUCGACAAUGGAACAUUAUCCCGUCCUAAUACGCAACAGGAUGACCUCCAAACCGUUGCACCGCAACAGCACGGCGAAUUCGCCCCGUUCCCUGUCACGCCUACCCUCCAGGUCCACGCGGGUUCUCCUACUGCUAUUGAAAGUCAAUCAUAAUAUCGAUAUAUCUAUCUACCUAUCUAAUACCCAAGUCUCUUUCCUGAACAUUUGUUUUCUGGCGAAACGGUGGUCGGUCGGGCAUCUGCAGUUUGUUUUUCUUAGCAUUAGCGUUGGUUGUUUUGGCGUCGUGUUGGCCAUGAAUCCCUGAGUAAAGGGAUACAAAAAAUGCGGAUGUUUUGUGGGACGGACAUGAGGCGCUGUGUAAAAAAACAACGUCCAGGACCAGCGUCCACUUUGGAGUCUUGGUCAGAAGGUUGUGGCUUCUCUGCUUUUUUUCUCCACGUCCGAAAUUAGGCAUCACCUGCUGCGAAGCAUAAUUUUUCCUCUAUUUUUUUGUCAACAUUUCUGUCUGUCUGUCUGUCUGAUACCCCAGAAGUUUUCUAUCAGCAUCGGGUGAAUAAAGUAGCAUUUCAAGCAACCACAAUACUACAACAACAUUACCUAUCUC